GUGAUUUUCUCGCAGCACCUGAGAAGCCCGGUCACGGAGCAGAGAGUUCGCCUGGAGUUUGCUCAGAGUUGGAGUAAUAGAGUCAACAAUUACUAGAUACUAGAAGUAGUAGUUAGUUUUCAAUCAUGGGUGUUCGCUGUAUUGUAAAGAGCUGCGACAAUAAACAGGGGAGACCAGGUAAUACCAUGAUGUUUCAUAGAUUUCCAACCAAAAACGCUGACCGGCUGAGUCAAUGGCUACUUGCUCUGGAUAUGGAUCCAAAUACACCUGUAGCCACCUUCAAGACCCAUCGUGUUUGCUCAGAACAUUUCACUGAGGAUGAUUAUUAUGAAAAAAUGGAAUUAGCCACAAGGACCAUGAAACGUGUGCUGAAGGAUACGGCCAUUCCAUCGAUAAUACAGACCGGACAAAGUGGAUCCCCUGCGGCUACGCUGCAUGGCACCUGGGCAGGAAUGGACAGCUCACCUGGCCAGGUCAGGAGCACAGGCAUUCAAGCAAAUUUCCCAGAGACGAGCACUGCAACCAUGGAGAAACCAACUCUGCAGCACAUUGUGGAUGAGGAGGCUAUUCUGCAGCUGAUGAAGAACUGCCCGAUGUGCAACAGAAACUGCCGCUGUACAAAACGCACUCGCAGUCCUUACUUCAUAGUCUACCAGAGCUGUUACUACUGCAAUUAUCAACGCAAGUGGGCCAACCAGCCUGAAGCUAGAAAUAUGGACAUUCGUAACAAGAAACUAAAGCCAACAAACAAGGUGUCUGUAAAUGCCAAGGCUCAGUCAUCACAGCUUAAUAAUAAAUGCAUUUCUGAAUCCUGAGUCUCAAGAAGUCACACGACCCGUUAGACAUCUGAAGAGCCCAGUGUAAACUCUCUUUUGAGAUUGGGCAUGAGCCCAGUUUAAUAUGUGCCUUAAGGUGGAUCAUUAUGCAUUUGGAAAUGCUUGCUGAUGACAAACAAUUCUGUAAAGUUUUCUGUUGAAUUGAAGCUUCAGUCCAAAGUAAUAACAUUGAACUUGCUAACAAGGAACACAAUUAGAGUAAAGCAGUAACAGAGGUGAUAAGCAUAGUUUUGUUUGCUACUAUGUAGUGAGAAAUACUACACUGAAAUAUGGUACGGUGCCAUUGUGUUGUGGAACGUUCAAGCCUAAAUACUCAUGUGAGUCAAGAUAAUUAGAAAAUGCAUUAGCGUUUAGGAUUUUCUGUCCAUAACAUCCAUAAUCAAAUUGGAACUCCUUGUUUCAUCAUUUGAGGCUCAGCUGCAGCUAAUCUGAAACCAGCAUUCAUUUAGGACAGGUAAACUACAGCCCUUUUUUUCUCUCAAUUUAAGACUUUGAAUUAGAAAUUUCAGCCUUCACGCUAUCUUGUUGACUUUAUAUGCUUUUCAUACUUUGGUCAAGUGUAUCAGCCUAAACCUUAAUACAAUACUAAAACCGUAACCUGUACCUCAUGCAAAUAACUUAAACCUUUUAACUGUGACCCAUUCCAGCAAGAAGAGAUGAGUGAGCCCACACUUUUAUUGGAUGAUGAGGACGGGGCAUUUGUGUGCUCAUUACAUACAAAAUUAGACGCAUUGCAACCCUUUGUAUUGGUUUAAAACUACCAUUAUCUUUAGUUCUGGCUGAGAGUUAAAAACCAUCACAAUUGAGUUGAGGAAAAGGAGAAGUCAUGAAAGACCGAUUAUCAUCGCCCCUGGAGAUCAGACAGACCAACACCAGGUUAGUUAAAAAUUAGGGCUGUGAAUCGAUUAAAAAAUGUAAUUGAAUUAAUUACAUACUCUGUGAUUAAUUAAUCGAAAUUAAUCACAUACAUAAUUAAUGAACCAAUACUUUUUAAGAAAGUAAAAAAAGAAAAGAAAAAAGAAGGGUACUAAACAACAGUCGGU